CAGGCAGAACGAAGUCCAUAGACAUGACGCGGACGCGGAGUAACAUAGCUUGAGAUUAAUGAAAUUGCCUUUUUUCGUAUGUGCGCUCUUUCACAACGUACUGCCUACCUGCCAUGCUAUAGAGAUACGUUUAAAGUGUUAAGCCACUCCUUAAUCUCGCCAAAGCUGCAACGGUUCGCUUCUCUAGCAAAAAUUAACCUGUUGCGGACAUCGAACACGGUUUGAACGCAGCGAGCCUGUGAACGAAUUUCAUGUAGACGAGAAAAGUGGGAAUACAACGCGAUACAUGUGAAAUUUCGCGCGCAAAAAAUAAAACUAGCCGCUCCCGAAGAAGCGAUUCCGCGAGCUUUAUCUAGGCCUGCAAACAGCGGUCGUCCGUCACACUUCAGGCCCCGCCAACAAACGAGCGUCAUUACCAAGAAACCAUAUUUUUGUAACGCAAUCACCUUUCAUCGUUGAACAAUAAGGCGAUUGAGGAGCGCAAAUUGGUGAUGAUGGUAAAGCCUAACCUUGUAGUGUUCGUGUUUAUAGCUAGUGGUGUGCUGCAAUUAGAGGGCAGUAAUUUUGCGGCUGUAGGUUCGGGUUCGUUAAGUGUGAAUGAAGCCGAGCAUGUACAUCCACUUCACCUAGACAAAUUAAAAUCAGUCACAAGUAUAUGGGACUAUCUGUGGCACGUUUGGAAGGGGGUCGAAGACGUCAUCGCGGGCAGAAUUCCCCACCCGUUUAAAUGCACAGAGUGCUUCGAUGGACUUGGAUGCUUCGACGCAUGCAACGGAACAUUCCGCUACAUCCAUUUACUUCCGGAGACGCCUGAGCAAAUCAACACGACUUUUCGAUUAUUCCCAUGGUAUGACAAUGCAACCGCAAUGUUCCUAAAUUACACGGAUGUUACCGGGCUCAAUAAGACCAUUUUCAAUGACAAGAGCCGCAGUCUGCUCAUCGUAAAUCAUGGCUUUGCCGCCGACUCGAACUCGGAGUGGAUGGUCGACCUCAAAAAUAUCGUCAUUCAAAACCGUCGAUAUAAUGUGAUACUCGUCGACUGGCUGAACGGGGCGGGCCCGUACGAUUUCUUCUAUCCUUUGGCCGUCGUGAACACUGAGGUAGUCGGACGUCAGAUAGCGGUUUUGCUAUACCAGCUUUUAUCAACUUACGCCCUGUCACCGAGUUCUAUUCACUACGUAGGACACUCCCUUGGAGCGCAAACCGCGCAUUUUUUUGCUGAUUACUUCAAAAAAAUCUCCGGGGGCAUGAGAAUCAACAAAAUAACAGCUCUUGACGCAGCGUCGCCUCUUUUUGAAGCGUACGGCGUGGGGCUGAAUUCCAGCGACGCGCUGUUUGUCGAUGCCCUGCACACUUCCGCCGGCGAUUCGAUUCUAAUGGGAAAGCUGGGAGUCGUUUAUCCCAUUGGCCACGUCGACUUUUAUCUUAACGGCGGCACGAAACAGCCCGGGUGCUGGGACAUUAACUUGGUAUGUGCUCACACCCGGGCCCAUGACUAUUACGUCGAGGCCGUUGAGAACCAGCUGACAAAGGCCAACUGUAGCUUCCAUUCACACUCCUGCACCAACGGUCUGAACGGGUACAUGAAUGGCACUUGCUAUCCAAUGGUCGGAAAUUUCAGCCGUAUCGCGUUCGACAUCACCGACAAGAUGCCUGGAAACGGGAUGCAGUACCUCGAAACAAAUUCAAGUUCACCCUUCUGCAUUCAGUGAGAACGAACGCAGCUCAGAAGCCAUCAAGUUCAAUCAAAUCAGUCUCAGUAUAACAGGCUGAUUCAGUGUAAAAAUUGUCACGUCGGAAAUGCUUCAAAACGAAGAUGAAGCACCAUGACGGCAAUAUUUCGAUAUUGUUUUAGGAAUCAUAAAUACAUGGUAGUAACAACUAUACUUAGUGUCAACCUGUUGUGCAGAGGCUAAUUAUAGUAUCUGUCUGUGGUGCUUCAGUCUAUUUUCUUUGUGCUUGAGCUGUCAUGAUGAGACGACAAGUGAAGAUCAAGGAGCAUUAUAAUUGUUCCAUAAUCUAAGGUAAUUAGGAUGUGGAGAGUUUAGGCUGCGAGUGUUUUUCAACUGCCUGAGCCUUUUUAAGUACCUACCGCCAGGAGCCUUUAAUUAACCACAAAUGAAAGUAAAAAAAUUACUGAGAUGAGAUUAGCAUUGUGCAUUUGGUUGUUAGAACCCAAUUUUUCUGACUGAUCCUGCCACCCUACUAGGUAGAUCGAUAGUAUUUUGUCUAAAUGAAGAUUCAGUAUCAUUCACAAGUGUGCAUUGUACUCAUUCAAACAAUUAAGCAGGUGACUAUCGAGUUUGGCCACCCGCUCGAUAGCUUUAUGAUUGGAGCUCAUUUAAAGGAAGGACUACGGGAAAUUAAGUGUGUUAGUAUACUAAACGCUCUGUAGCUUUAACGCAGUUCACACUCGGAUUGACGGUUUUCUCACGUGAUAAAUACGUUAUGGGUUACGCUAUCAAUGACAACGCGCGCAAACAAUGUUGCGCACAGGUAGGAGUGCCAAAAAUGAAAAAAGACGUAUUAUAUUUUACCAGCGCUCGUUUAUCUGAGCAGUGCCUAUCUGGCGGUGGGUUCACCUGUAAUUAGAGUUGAGUAUAUAUUUGAUUAAGCAACAGUAAUUUUGUUGGAUUUUUAUUAUUAUUUAUAUACAAACGCAGCUAUUUUGGGAAGCAUCGUGACGCUAAGGCUCUUAUUCCUACACAAGCCUUGUUUGUCAAUCGGUGCCUUAUUAGCCCGGUUUCUAAGUUUCGCUGGACAAGUAUGCUUCGAUUUUGCGAGCAUAUAAUACAAGUACCUUUAUUAUGUCCUCGUCU